AUGGCAUCCGCAGCAACAGAGGCAGAGAAAGGGUCUCCAGUUGUGAUGGGCCUGCUGGUGGUGGGCAACAUCAUUAUUCUGCUGUCAGGCCUGGCCCUGUUUGCCGAGACGGUGUGGGUGACAGCCGACCAGUACCGCGCCUACCCACUGAUGGGCGUCUCGGGCAAGGAUGACGUCUUCGCUGGCGCCUGGAUCGCCAUCUUCUGCGGCUUCUCCUUCUUCGUGGUGGCCAGCUUUGGGGUGGGCGCAGCACUGUGCCGCCGCCGGCCCAUGAUCCUCACGUACCUGGUGCUCAUGCUCAUCGUCUACAUCUUUGAGUGCGCCUCCUGCAUCACGUCCUACACUCAUCGUGACUAUAUGGUGUCCAACCCAUCCCUGAUUACCAAGCAGAUGCUGACCUUCUACAGUGCAGACACAGACCAGGGCCAGGAACUGACUCGCCUCUGGGACCGUGUCAUGAUUGAGCAAGAGUGCUGUGGCACAUCCGGGCCCAUGGACUGGGUGAACUUCACAUCAGCCUUCCGGGCAGCCACCCCGGAGGUGGUGUUCCCCUGGCCCCCACUGUGCUGUCGGCGGACUGGCAACUUCAUCCCCCUCAGUGCAGAAGGCUGCCGCCUGGGCCACACAGACUACCUGUUCACCAAGGGCUGCUUCGAGCACAUCGGCCAUGCCAUCGACAGCUACACGUGGGGUAUCUCAUGGUUUGGGUUUGCCAUCCUGAUGUGGACGCUCCCUGUGAUGCUGAUAGCCAUGUAUUUCUACACCACGUUGUGAGGAAAAAGGAGGGGAGGCUACGUGCACACCUCGGCCGCCUCCUCCUUCUCCCGUUCCGGUUUCCUCCGGCUGAGGUCUGGAUGCCUGCCUCACUUCUCCCCUUCCCACCUCCCUUAACCUUCCCUCCUUCCUCUCUUUUACCUCUUCCUUCUCUCUUUUACCAACUUUCUGAGCCCUGCUGAGACUUGGGGGUGCCCUGAAGCCCUUGGACAUGUGUACAGGGACCCUUAGCCCUUGACCUCAUUUCACUCUGCUGAUUCCUGG